GGCACCUCCAUGGCUAGGCAGCCCCCCUACUGUGCAGAUCCCGUUACUUGGAGUGCCCUUCCCCCAGGUGGAAUGUCGCCUGGUAGUUCUCGGACCAUUUUCCUCCUACGUAACGCAGUACAAAUGACAUUGAGAGUUUUAUUUGUCUUCGGGAGAUUGUCCCCGCCUAGCAACCAGUGCGUUGUAGGGCCGGAUCCUAGCACAGAGCCCAGCGCAAAUAGUGCGCGGAUGUCUAAUAGAAAAGAUGAAAUUGAGGCCAAACACUCCCCCCAACCCUGCCCUUCUUUGGCCCUGCGGCGGAAUCUACCAGUGAGGGAGCCGCCACCCAGACCCGAGGGACGUCGAGCUGGGGGAGGCGGAGUUAGAGACGCCCGGGUGGCGGGGCUGCUGCGGGCUCUUUAAGAAGGAGCGCGGGCGCGGCCCAGGUAAGGGGCGGGUCCGUGGGCAGAUCAGCGCUGCGCGCCGGAGCCGGCUGGGAGCCGGAUUUGGAGCGCACGGCGCGGGCGGGGGCCGGAGGGGGCGGCGCGGCGGAGACUCCCGUGGCCUCCGACGCUCCUCCUAGCGAGCCGUCGCCGCCCGCCGCCGCCUGAGCCUCGAGCUCCCUCGCCGCGGCCCGGCCGCCGCUUCCGGCCGCUCACCUGGGACGCGCUGCCGCCCCCCGGCGCCUAGGCACCAGGAUGAAGGACCGGCUGGAGCAGCUGAAGGCCAAACAGCUCACACAGGAUGAUGACACCGAUGAGGUUGAGAUUGCCAUCGACAACACGGCUUUUAUGGAUGAGUUCUUCGCUGAGAUCGAGGAAACUCGGCUCAACAUUGACAAGAUCUCAGAGCAUGUGGAGGAGGCCAAGAAACUCUACAGUAUCAUUCUCUCUGCACCAAUUCCUGAGCCCAAAACCAAGGAUGACCUAGAACAGCUCACGACUGAGAUCAAGAAAAGGGCCAACAACGUCCGGAACAAACUGAAGAGCAUGGAGAAGCAUAUCGAAGAAGAUGAGAUCCGGUCAUCUGCAGACCUUCGGAUUCGGAAGUCCCAGCACUCUGUCCUCUCCCGGAAGUUUGUGGAGGUGAUGACCAAAUACAACGAAGCUCAGGUGGACUUCCGUGAACGCAGCAAAGGGCGCAUCCAGCGGCAGCUCGAAAUUACCGGCAAGAAGACAACAGAUGAGGAGCUGGAGGAGAUGCUGGAGAGUGGCAACCCUGCCAUCUUCACCUCAGGGAUCAUUGACUCCCAGAUAUCCAAGCAAGCCCUUAGUGAGAUCGAAGGACGGCACAAGGACAUCGUGAGGCUGGAGAGCAGCAUCAAGGAACUUCACGACAUGUUCAUGGACAUCGCCAUGCUGGUGGAGAAUCAGGGAGCCAUGAUUGACCGUAUAGAGAACAACAUGGACCAGUCAGUGGGCUUUGUGGAGAGGGCUGUGGCAGACACCAAAAAGGCUGUCAAGUAUCAGAGUGAAGCCCGCAGGCUCUCACAGAUGGGUCCACGACUGGGAUUUCUAAUCCUCCUUCCACCUCUGUGGUGCCAUCACUUCUCCAUGCAGACUCAUCAGCUACUCCUCUUUCCAUCAUGAAACUUCUCAUGACACAAGCACCAAACUCAACUACUUAUUGCAAGUUAUGUAAAGGAAGAACAAACUUAUGAAAACAGCAUUGGGUGGGGGACAGGGGUGCAGGAAUAGGGAGUGCCGUGACAUAGCUUGCUAGAGAUGGUCUAAAGGAGGGAACUGCAGAGCAGGGAAUAAAGCCUAACAGGUGCCUGUUUAGGAAGUGAAAUUUAGAGCCUGCACCUGCAGUAAGGCUGUGACGAGGCAGAUACUGGAGCACUUAUAAUUCGACAGGAUCUUAUUUGAACUGCUGAGUUGGUGAAGAACAUCAGGGCAGUUGUCAUUUCUGCACUUCAGGCUCAGCUAGGUCUCACCUUUGACCAAUCUGUUUCCUCCUUCAGGGUUCAGUAGUCUUAAAGUGGUGGUUAUCUAAGGAUAGGCACAUGCCUGUCUUGCUCCCUGCAGUGUCCCCACUGUUUAGCGCAGUGCCUGCCACUUACAGGUGCUCAAAUAUCUGUUGACUUAAUUACUUACAAUUAGGCUCUGAUUUCACUCAUGGACUUGUCCUUGGGUUUGACUCCUCAACUCUUUAAGGCAUUACUGGGACAUGGUUAGCUACUGUGAGAGGCUGCAGACAGCUGCUUGAUAAGGGCUGAGGCACUUCGGCAAAAAUGCUAGAUCAGACCCCCAUUACCACAACAUACACUUUAAAGUGCUUUUUCUGUGGAUGAUGGUAGUUCUCUUACUAACAGUGUCUCACUCUGUGGAGAUGGCUGGUCCCAGGAUUGUGGUUCAAUUACUAAAUACACAUCCCAAAAGAGGUUUAUGCUAUAAUCGAAUUCCUAAGUGGAACACUUUGUGAACCCCAAGAACAAACUGAGGCUAUUGCUUACUUCACUUCUCACCUCAUCCGUGUUGCUAGCACAAAUGCUGGCUGCAACCUAAGUGCGAGAAACCAUCAUAAACACCAUCCCCAAUUCAACGUUCAGUUGUGUUCAGCUUUAAAACUAGCUAUGUGGAUGAGUUCAAAUGCAAGUUCAUUUAUUUAGUGAUUACUAACAAGUUCACUAAAAAUACGUUAAAAAUCAAGUGUACAACUUCUGAGGACCACACAACUGUUAAGUUUAUGCUUUUGAAAGUAAACCUAAUUCUUUUUUCUUUGCUGGAUACCUUUUUAAGGAAGUAUGAUAAAAAAAGAAAAAACCAUUUUGGUCAGUGUGGUGUUUUCUACCUACAUCGAAAAUCAGAUGGUUUAAUAUUUCUAUCCAUUUGUGUUUGCUUUAGUUUGAAGAGGGGCUAGGUGACUACAGCUCUGAAAAACACUAAUCUUGUCAAGGCAAUCAGGGAGGGGAGCUGAAACCGUGGGGAUCUGAGUCGCAUGGAGCCCCAAUCCAUCCAGCAGUGAUAGUGUGUGUGCUGCAUAGCACAUGGCACUGUACUAGAUCCUGCAGGGACACAGCGAGCCAAACUAAGGAAGGCUACACAGCUUCAACUUUUAUCAUCUUUUGCUAAAAGGCAAAGGAAUAUUCCUUGCCAUAUUGUCCACUGUCUCCCCGUCCAGCCUUGAGAGAUAGGUAGCUGGGCAUCAAUAAAAAUGUUGAAUCAAUUACCCCACGUACUCAUGUCAUUGUUUUUGUUAUUCUAAGUGUGUAAGUAGUAAAAUGUCACAGAAACUGACUCCCAAGAAGUGUACAUCCAACAGGUAUUACAGACAUUAAGUCAGAGUUGCAUUGUAGGUGAAAAUGUACACAUCUGCUUCAGUCUGGAAGAUGUUCAUCUUACAAGCCCGCAGAUCUAAGAGCUCUUAAUAGUCAUCUAGGUUUAUUGCUUAACCUUUUAAGGGAUUAACCAAUGAGAAGAUAUAUCCUGAGGUGAUGUUUUAAUUUUACUUAACGUACUGGGU